CUCUCAGAUGUGGGCAGAACCUCAGAGCUGGCCUUCCUGGUCGAACCCAGCGAUAUCAUCGCAGUGAGGGACCGGCCCCUGACGCUGGACUGCCUGGUGGAGGGAGAGGGGCCUAUCUCAGUCACAUGGCGCAAGAACGGGGUGCCGGUGCCCACCGGGCAGAGGGCGAGCGUGCUGGCCAACGGGACCCUCCUGAUCCAGAACUUCCAGAAGCGGAGGGAAAGCAACGAGACCGACGCGGGCGAAUACGACUGCGCGGCGCAGAACCGAUACGGCAUGCUGGUCAGCCGCAAGGCACGGGUCCAACUGGCAUCUCUUCCCAAGUUCCACACUCACCCUGAGUCCAUGUCUGUGGAUGAGGGGGGCGUUGCACGCUUCCAUUGUCAAGUGAAUGGGAUACCAGAAGCCAAUAUCACCUGGGAGAGGAACAGGACUAUUCUGAGCACUCAGGAUAAAAGGUACACACUCCUCCCGGGGGGCAUCCUUCAGAUCACCGGCGUGCGGCGGUCAGAUAUCGGGGUGUACCGCUGUGUGGCCACCAACAUUGCGAACACCCGCUACAGUCACGAGGCCCAGCUCAAUGUUACAGUUGCAGCACCUCGGACCUACAAAGAACCGGUGAUCCUAUCAGGUCCCCAGAACCUAACCAUCACGGUCCACCAGACCGCCAUCCUGGAGUGCAUCGCCACGGGGAACCCCCGGCCCAUAGUCUCCUGGAGUAGACUGGAUGGACGCUCCAUUGGUGUAGAGGGGAUUCAGGUGCUUGGGACAGGCAACCUGAUGAUUUCGGAUGUGACGCUGCAGCACUCUGGGGUCUAUGUGUGCGCUGCCAACCGGCCCGGGACCAGGAUGAGGCGUACUGCUUUGGGCAGACUGGUUGUGCAAGCUCCUCCUGAGUUCCUACAGUGGCCACAGUCUGUCUCCAAGCCAGCAGGGGGCAGUGCUGUGUUCACCUGUUUGGCUCAAGGUGUCCCAGAGCCUCACCUUAUCUGGCUGAAAAAUGGCAAAAUCCUGACUCCAGGAGAUAAUGUCAAACUUACCAACAAUAACAGCACGCUUGCCGUAACGCGGAUCACCUCAGAGGACGAGGCAAUCUACCAGUGCAUCGCAGAGAACAGCGCCGGCACCAACCAGGCCAGUGCCCGCCUGGCGGUGUCCUUGGCCAAAGAGCUGCCCGAGGCUCCCCAGGACCUGGCUGCCACCGCGCUCUCCACCUCCACGCUGCAGGUGUCCUGGGCACAGCCACCUCCGGAGGUCACCGACGGCAUUAUCGGAUACGUGCUGCACAUUCGCAUGAUUGGGGAGCCGGACAGUCGGGAGCUGCAGGAAGCGGUCAGUAAGACCACGUUCCAGCAUGAGUUCAACAACCUGGAGCCAGCCACAACCUACUCCAUCUACCUCAAGGCCUAUUCCCCGUUAGGAGCCAGCCAGCAGUCCAACACUGUCUUCGCUACAACACUAGGGGGCGUGCCUACAGUCCCCAGUUUCUUCACAAAAGUGCUGAACAGCACAGCACUGCAGGUGUUCUGGGAGCUCCCCAACAAACCGGGCAAACUGAUUGGCUUCAAGUUAUCCUACCGCAGGGUCCCUGACCCUGACUUCCAGGGGCCCUAUCUGCUACCCAGCCAAAUCAACACCCACACCAUCUCCCACCUUGAGCCUGCAGCCGUGUACGAGAUCAAACUGGUGGCCUACAAUGGCAAUGGGGACAGUGACGGUAACAUGCGCCUGGUGUCUCUGGCUGAGGAGGGAACCAGUGCUAAGACCAGCACCGGUGGCGAGACUGUGUGCAACUGCAGGCAGGGGGGUGAGAGCUCCAUGACGGGCAUCGUGGUGGGCAUCCACAUUGGCAUGGCCUGCAUCAUCUUCUGCGUGCUCUUCCUCAUGUUCGGAUACCGCCGCAGUCUGUUCUGCAGGAAGGGGACCCAGGACAGCUGGUCUGUGCCUCAGGGCGACGCUGUGGGGCAUCUGGGACAGAGGAGCGGGGCUCCAAAAGAAGGGGCCACCCGUCCCCCGGAAGCCAUAGAACUAGUGCCUCAGAGUCAUGACGCUCAGGGAGCGGCCAGGCAGGGCCAGUCUCGUCCCGCUCAGUGCCAGGUCCUCAUCGAGCAGCACCCGUCUCAACAGCCUGGCACGGGCACUGGCUAA